AUGACCUCCACACCGAGUAAAGAGAAACUGCUUCAACUUCCAAACGACCGUGUGCUAGCGUACGAAGAGACUGGCGACGUUACUUCGACUGUUCUAGUCUUCUUUUUCCACGGCGUCUUUGGUGUUGGGAGGGUCCCCAAGGUUCUGUCACCCGCGCUCAUCGAGAAACGGGCUCACUACAUCACGCCAACACUCCCUGGCGGGGGGAAUUCAUCGCCUCGCCUAAAGACCAAGCCAUAUCAUGUCGGUCUCGCGGAGGAUACCAUGGCACUGAUUGAGCAUCUUCAUCCUGGGGCCGAUCAACUGCAAAUAUACCUUUGCGGCGGGUCGUAUGGCACUGUUCCAGCUCAGAUGUUGUAUGGUGCGCCUUUCGAGAUUUUCCCAGCUGGAAAGUUCGUUCGCGGAUGUCUUCUUGGUGCGCCGUUUACGCCCUUCAAGCACCAUAAAGGGUAUACGCGGGGCAUGACUUGGGGAAACUACUUCUCUGUCGGACCUCCUUCUCAAAUCGUCCCGUUCAACUUGAUUAUGCGUGUCGCGGGGAUCGGUGUCUCACAGCAGUUUGGCGGACCAAAAGGCGCUAAGAAGGCGGAAAAGUUCUUGCAGGGCUUCCUGUUCGAUGGCACGCCGGAGGAGGAGAAGGCUGCUUUCAAGGCAUGGCGGGAGAAACAAGGCUUAGAAGAGGGCCAAUUUGAGCGGGAGAUGGCAGAGAAUAUGUCAAAGAGUAUAUCGAAGACAAUGGCUGGCUUUAUCGAAUGUGGAGAUGUCAUCCACAGCGACUGGGACUUUGUGCCCAAAGACCUGGAUGAUGAACACACCAACGGGCGAAAAGUCGUUAUUGCUGCAUCGACAGACGAUGAGUUGGGGCCGGAAUUUGCCAAUUGGCUGAAGGAGAACUACAAGAACUCGAGCCUCACGUGGGUACCCGGCAAACACAUUUCCAGUCUGUUCGUUAUGGACCAGCUGUUCGCCGAGCUGUUGCAAGACGCUUAG